AUAAACUUAACAAUUUAACCUUAUGCGUUUAGGUUUUGGCCGCUAUGUGUAUGCAAACAGCUUUUUCCGAUAUGAGGGAGAGUGGAACAAGGGAAGAAAGCACGGACAAGGCAAGCUGUUUAUGAGAGAUGGAAGUUACUACGAGGGUGAGUUCAGGCAUGGCGAAAUCGAAGGGAAUGGAUAUCGAUACUGGGCUACGACAGGGGAGUCUUACUCUGGUCAGUUCAGUGAAGGGGAGCUCCAUGGGUUUGGAGUGAUGCACAAAGCCAGCGGUGAGAGAUAUGAAGGACAGUUCUCCUAUGGCCAAAGAGAUGGCCAUGGUUCUCUUGUGGAUAAGGAUGGCCAGACAUAUGAGGGAUCCUUUUAUCAAAACAAGAGGCAUGGUGAAGGCCAGAUGCAAUACAGGAAUGGGGAUCAUUACGAAGGAGGUUGGCUUCUGGACCAAAAGCAAGGCCAUGGAGUGAUGCACUUUGGAGAUGGCUCACUCUAUGAGGGUCAGUGGCGGAACAGCUUGUUCAAUGGCCAGGGGAUGAUGAUCCAUGCUUCUGGAAUCAUCUAUGAAGGUCUAUGGAUGAAUGGGAGACCUCAGGGUGGUGCGUCAAAAAUGCUGAUUGAGGGAGGCGACGCCUUGGAGGUCUUCCAGGAGUCUCCAUUUUGUGUUGAAGUACAACUGCAGACAGAGGAGGGGGAGCAGAUAACAGGUGAGAGCGGUAGGGUUCUGCAGAUAUCAGCAGGCAUUCGCAUGCCUGAUCUCCCUCCAACAUCGUCUGCCAGCCUGCUGAAGAUGGCCAAGGACAUCAAAGAAAGCGCCAUCCAGACACCCUUUGGCUUUCAGGUUGUCAGCUACCCUUUGAUGGAGAGAGCCUUUGAAAGCUCCAGAGGACCAGCAGCCCCCCCCGUGCUGGAGUUAGCGGUGGUGGGGGCUAAAUCAGGCUCGGUGGCGGAGGCUGAGUCGUCGCUCCUGGAGGGCGAGUGGGAGUCUGGAAGCCGAUCAGACGGCCCGGCACAUGGGGGUGGAGGAACUGCCACCCCCAGCUACCUGGACGGGCAUGUCACAGGGCAGGAAGCAAGCUACAGCCCCUGGCCAACCAGGAGGACAGAGCAAGGCCAAGCCAAAUUUCAAGAUUUGAUGUUGGCACCUCCCCCCUCUGAUUUCAUCCCCUUCAAGAUGGAUGACAUUGAAAAGAAACAGACAAAGAAGCCUACACCCGGCAACAGCAGUGACAAAAGCUCUCGUACCCAGGACAACAAGCAAGACAGGAGGCCAAGCGUGGGGUCCUGUUUGACGAGCAACUCCAAGAAAAUGGCCCCGGAGGGCAGGAGUGUGAGACCAGGUGAAUAUGUUAUCAUGGUGAAAGACGUGACCAGCCCGCCAUUCCUGGGCCAGACCAUACCUGUUACUUUUGCCCUUCUGAGAGUUCUCCCAGCCAAGACAAGCAACAGUCAUGCGGACAAGACAGAAAAGACCAAGCCUGAAAAGAUCAUGUCAUGUCCUGUUGACACAGGGAUCUGAUAUACAGUAUUUUACUAUGCAUGCCAAGCGGAUUUAAGCAACUACCACUUCAGCAUCAUACAAGAUCAGUGGCGGGAAAAGGGCUUCUGUUCAGUAAAGCGCUGUGAUGAUUUGAAU